AUGGCAUGGCAUGGCAUGUUGCAUCUGCUUGCUCUAAGACGUCUUCUAAUGCUUCUGGCAUCGGCAAUGAGUUGUGCUGGUACCGUCAACAACUAUGUCCUGCAUAGCCAGGUCUCCUCACAAAAACACAUAAGAUCACACACAGCCUUGGACCAUCCAUCACGGAACUACUCCUCUGCAUCUACCGAGGCCAUGAUAGCGCCAAAGACGACAGGCGGCCUCGGACCGACACGGGACCUCGUCGUCCUGCCAAAGUUUCAAAGUCGCAUGUCACUCGCUGUCCGGCAAUAA